AUGCGUCCCUCCGCCGGCAUGGCACUGGGCGUGGCGCUCGCCGAAGCCCACAGCUUCCAUCUCCAAACACAACAGGACUUGAGUCAAUUUGUGUUACCUCUGACCGGUACUACUAAUGGAGGCAACACCUUUCCUGGCGUCAGCCUGCCGUUCGGGAUGGUAAAAUUGGGGCCUGACUUAUACACCGGAUCCGAUAGCUACUCGGGCUACCAGUCGACCGGUAGUUUCAUCGGCUUUAGCAUGCUGCACGAGAGCGGCACCGGUGGCGCCCCUAAAUACGGCGUUGUCUCGCAGAUGCCCGCCGUCGGCACCAUCGACAACCCAUUGGCCGAUCAGAGCGUCAACCGAAGCGCGGCGGACGUGGCGCGGCUUGGCUACUAUAAGUCAAGCCUGACCAACGACGUUACCGUGGAAUUGGGAGCGACAGCCAAGGCUGGAUUAUACCAGUACCAGUUCUCCGGAAAUGCUGCUGCUUCAAACGUCAUCGUCGAUGUCUCGCACGUUCUUCCAUCAUUCAGGGGUCAAGGUCUUGGCCAAAAUUACUUGGGUGGUAACAUCUCGGUAACGACGACCGACAAUGGCGUUCGUUACACCGGAUCUGGUUCUUAUGAUAAUGGAUGGAACCGUGCUCCGCAGUGGACGGUAUAUUUCUGCGGCUAUUUCGAUCAAGCGGCAACGUUCAAGACGUUCCUCGGAAAUGACUCGACUAGCGAUGACCUACAAGAUUAUAGCACCGCUUCCUCACAAGAUUCCGAGUCUAGGCUAGGUGCUGUUUUUACCUUCGACAGCGCAAACGUUACAUCAAGAGUAGGAGUAUCGUUCAUCUCAUCCGACCAAGCCUGCGCAAAUGUAGAUGCCGAGAUACCUGCAGGAACAUCGCUAGAUACUCUAGAAAACAACGUGAAAUCGGCAUGGAACAGCCAAGUGCUCUCCAAGAUCACUACGACGGACACCUCCAACACCACGAGACUGCAACUCCUUUACUCGUCGCUGUACCAUAUGUCCCUCAUCCCGACCAACAAAACAGGCGAGAAUCCCCUUUGGUCAUCGACCGAGCCUUAUUACGACGACAUCUUCACGUUUUGGGAUCUGCACCGUUGCACAACAUCUCUUUUCCAUAUUCUACAGCCUGUGGCGUACGAGGAAUUCAUCCGCUCUCUCGUCGACAUCUGGAGGAACGAGGGCUUCCUGCCCGAUGCACGAUCCUCGUUCUUCAACGGCGCGACACAAGGUGGCUCUAACGGAGACAACGUCCUCGCAGAUGCUUACGUGAAGGGUGUCCGUGGUGCCGUUAACUGGGACGAAGCGUAUUCCGCCAUGGUAACCGAUGCCGAGACAGUCCCCGCUAACAAUAACGACCCGAGAGAUACGUCGUCUUCGACUAAGGAAGGACGAGGCGCGCUCCCGGAUUGGAUAGACCGCGGCUUCAUCACCACUAAGUACGGGCGAUCAGUUAGUCGGGCUAUCGAAUACGCCGCCAACGACUUUGGCCUCUACCAAGUGGCCAAGGGUCUCGGCAAAGACGACGACGCGCAGAAGUAUCUCAACCGCUCGCGCAACUGGCGCAACCAAUGGAACCCGGACCUCACCGCGCUCGGGUUCUCCGGGUUCCUAGGCCCGAUCGACGAGGACGGCAACUUCACGGCGCAGGACCCGCUCAGCUGCGGCGGGUGCUACUGGGGCGACGACUACUACGAGGCGCUGCCGUUCGAGUACUCGUUCAACGCGCACCACGACAUCAACAAGCUGAUCGAUCUCGCGGGCGGCAACGCCACCUUCCUCGCGCGCCUCGACAAGUUCUUCGAGGGCGGCGUCAGCUCCGGCAACUCGCAGUUCAACCACACCCUCUUCAACCCCGGCAACGAGCCCAGCUUCACCACGCCCUACCUCUUCCACUUCGUCGGCCGCCAGGACUUGAGCGUCAAGCAGAGCCGCUACGCCGCCGACUCUUACUACGCGCCCACCCCCGGCGGGCUCCCGGGAAACUCGGACGCGGGGGCCAUGGAGUCUUGGGUCCUCUGGUCCAUGAUCGGCCUGUACCCGCUUACGGGCCAGGCCACUUUCCUCGUCGGGUCACCCUGGUUCCGCGACCUGGCUAUCGACUUAGGUGGCGGCAAGAAGCUCGCUAUCACGACGACGGGCGGCGGCGCACAGUCGUACUAUGUUCAGUCGCUCAAGGUCAACGGGCAGAGCUGGAAUAAGUCGUGGGUUACGUGGGAUGAUAUUUUUGCGAAUGGCGGCACGAUGGACUUCGUCCUUGGCUCUGAGCCCGUUGACUGGGCUACGGGCGAUUUGCCGCCGAGUCCGGCGACGGAGAGCUCGUAG